CCCGCCGCUCCCCCGCGCCUCGCGCCCGCCCGGGGCCGCAGACGGCCAGCAGCGCAGCACAGCCGAGCCUCGCGGGGCCGUCCCAGCCCGAGGACCCCGGGCCUGCGACCCCCGCGGCUCGCAUCCCACUUUCUAAGACCUCUAAGAGGACGCGCCGCGCUCUUCGCGGCCGCCGCGCGCGUUCCAGGGCUCCGGAGGUGACAGGCACAAUGCUUUGGGUCCUGGUGGGGACUGUUCUCCCUGUCAUGUUGCUGGCUGCCCCGCCACCCAUCAACAAGCUGGCCCUGUUUCCGGACAAGAGUGCCUGGUGCGAAGCCAAGAACAUCACGCAGAUUGUGGGCCACAGCGGCUGUGAGGCCAAGUCUAUCCAGAACAGGGCGUGCCUAGGACAAUGCUUCAGUUACAGCGUCCCCAACACCUUCCCGCAGUCCACAGAGUCCCUGGUGCACUGUGACUCCUGCAUGCCGGCCCAGUCCAUGUGGGAGAUUGUGACCUUGGAGUGCCCCGGCCACGAGGAGGUGCCCAGGGUGGACAAGCUGGUUGAGAAGAUCGUACACUGCAGCUGCCAAGCCUGCGGCAAGGAACCCAGUCACGAGGGCCUGAACGUCUACAUGCAGGGUGAAGAUGGGCCAGGCUCCCAGCCAGGAUCGCACUCCCACUCCCAUCCCCACCCUGGUGGCCAGACCCCUGAGCCUGAAGAACCUCCUGGAGCCCCUCAAGUUGAGGAAGAGGGGGCUGAGGACUGAGGGCCCCCAACUCUUCCUCCCCUCUUGUCCCCUGUGGAAUGUCUGGUCCCACCCUCCAGGGAAGAGGGAGGGGAGAGGCAGAAGCCCCCCUCCCCCUCUGGCACUAGAUGGACUUGGAAUGCUGCCUGGUUGCCAUGGAGAUCUGAAGGGAGGGGCUGGAGCCAAGCUGCAUGAUUUAAUAUAUGCAAGAUGAGGGGAGGAAGCAGACAUCUUCGGGACUUUUCUUUUGGAAGGUGAAGUGUGGUCUUUCCUUUCAGCCUUCUGGAGAGGAGCCCUCUGGAUAGAGAGGAAGCAGGUUGAGCUGCUGAGGAUGACUGAGAUCCUCAGAUAGGGCAGGCCCAGGCCAGGACCCAGACAACGGAUGGGGCAGGAUCCCCAGUGAUGGGCAGAGGGUGGGUAUCAUGUCAGCAUCCCCUUUGCAGGAGGAUCUGGGUAGGAAGACAGCUGGCAGAAGUCGGAAACUCCAGCCCCAUAGGUUUCCCUAAAGGCCUCCCCUCGCUCCCCACGCCAAGGACGUAACCCCUUCAAUGGAGUGGCUUAGGAGUCAGGCUGGGGCAGGACCCUGCUGACUCAGGUGCCAGAGUGUCACUGAAGAAGAAAGAAGAUCCCCCUCCCCCCACACCCUGUCCCUCCCUCCAGAGAUCUUAGCUCUUUGCUCUCCUCAAGUUCUGGACCCUUCUGAAAGCAGCUGCAACCGGUCCUGCCGUCCUUGGGGCUGGUCUUUCUGAAAGAAGUGACAGUUUAUCCCCUUCACCUGGGACAGUAGUGGACAGGAGGUCCCUGCCUAGGGCCCCUGCUGACCUCAGCUUUCUCUAGCUCCUUAUUCUAUCCACUCCUUCUUCCCAGCCGCACUUUAACCUUAGGGCAGGGCAGGUGGCGAGGAAGGGCCCUCUGUCUCCUCAUCUGCUGGCACCAUUGUGUCCAGGGGGUUGCCAGCUCAACCCCUCCCUGGGGGUGCCCCAGCCCAUGGCUGUUUGACGAGAGCCUUAGAGCUUGUAACUAGUAGCCAUCUCCCCUGAACCUGAGUGUUUCCAUGAAUAAAAUGCCUUUGACGCCUCUA